CUCCACAUACCAGCCUCCUCUCACUCACUCACCACCUAGCAGCCCGUAUAGUGAUGUUGUUGCACCUGUCUUCAUUGCUCUCUUCUGAAUCAUCACGGAUGCUGAAUGGAAUAUUUUGACGUCAAUUAUUUCUAAUUGGUCUUAAAAGUUCUAAGAACGCCGACGGUCAAUAUUAGAUCACGCGUCAUUUUGCGAGCAUGAGGUUUUCUUCUGACUGACGCGAAUCGCCUGCGGUAUUUUAGUACCAGCAGUGUUUUUGAAAGUGGACAGAUAAGCAUGGACUAAUCGUUGUGAUUAUUUUCCAUUCAUGAUGGGACCAUUCAAACUUUAUUUUUUGUACAGUACAUUUGCCAUCUUCCCAGCUCUAGGCUUUGGUGUCGAUCCAGCCCUCCGCAUCAACGUAUUCGAUGAACUGAAGUUGGGAGAGUCUUACGCUGGAGUUUUUCAAGUUCAGGGGUUCCACAAUGAGAGCAGAGCCUUUCUUUUCCAAGACUCAUGGAGGAACGUGAGGGUGAAGGAGGAUGUAGCAGAGGUGAUGCUCCAGAAGCUGAGAGACAAGACAGAGUUCACUGUGCUGGCCACUCUGAAGCAGGAGAGACUCAACUCUGGAGUCCUGCUCUCCAUACACUAUGCAGAACACAGGUAUCUGGAGUUGGAGAGCAGUGGGCAGCGUAAUGAGAUCCGUCUCCACUACCGUACCAGGGACCAGCGGCAACACACUGAGGGGUUCCCCUACUCCCUGGCAGACGACCGUUGGCACAAGCUGUCCGUGGCCGUCAGUGUCUCCCACGUGGUGCUGCACGUCGACUGUAACAGGAUCUAUGAGAGGGUGAUAGAGAAUCCGUCUAUGGACAUUCCCUCUGACACCACCAUCUGGCUCGGACAGAGGAACCAGGCCCAUGGAUACUUCAAGGGUAUAAUGCAGGAUGUUCAGCUGGUCGUCAUGCCUCAAGGCUACAUCUCCCAGUGUCCAGACCUCAACCUCACUUGCCCCACCUGCAAUGACUUCCAUGGGCUGGUGCAGAAGAUCAUGGAGCUGCAGGAUGUCUUAGCCAAGACCUCCAGCAAGCUGUCGCGUGCAGAGGAGAAGAUGCAGGGUCUGGAUGGCUGUUACUGUGAGAGGAGCUGCAGUAUGAAUGGAGAGCGGUACAGGGAGGACGAGGGAUGGACAGACGGAUGCAGGAACUGUUCCUGCUAUAAUGGUACAGUCCAGUGUGAGACCAUCUCGUGCCCCC